AUGUUUAGAUCUUCUGUUAGCAACACAUUACGUCAUACACGCACUACACCAACCCUUCAGUUUUCUCGAAACAUUGCGUCCAACAUUGCUAAUGGUCAAAAAGGUCAAAAGACAUGGCCCAAUGCUCAAACAGUCAAAAAUGUCUUUGUCCGUGAUAUCAAGGCCAUUUUCGGUUGGGGCGUUGCCUUUUCUGCGAUCAUGAUCUGGGGUCCAUACUUGAAUGUCAAGACAUCCGAUUACAUCGAUGAUGUUCCAAAAGAAAAGGGCGAACAAGUUACAUUGAAAAGAACCGGUUUGGAUAGUUAUGAGACCAAGGUUGAUAUUCCACAAACGUAUGUCUCAUUCGAUAAGGAGGAGGAAGAUGAUGAUGAAUAA